AUGGCAGGUGAUGAGUCUCUGAGUUCAUCGGAUGACAGUGGGUCUCCAAUUCUUACUGUUUUCGAGGAAUGCCAAUUAAGUAGUCUGUCACAUGACCGCUUGUGCAUUCAGCUAAAAAGGAUUUACGACAAUAUGCGCUUCACACAUUUUGCUGAUGAUUUUUUUGAGCUUUGUCGCUACAGUUUGGUAUCCAGUGAACAAUCGCUGUAUCGAGAAAGAACAAUUGACUUCAUAACAAAAUUUGCACUUUUUUGUGGGAAAUCAGAUGAAAAUAAUGAUCAAGAUGUGAUGAAUAACCGUCUGUUAUGGAAAUUUUUUCUGUUCUGUAUCAAGUAUAAUGAAUGUUUAAAUCCUGCUGUACGAUUUCGGUGUGCGCAAAUUAUUCAUAAAUUACUUGAUGGUAUCGGAGACAAUGGAGUAAUGCCUGAAAAGAUAUACGAAAGACUGCAAAGUGUGCUAUUACGCCGUGUCUUCGAUACAAAGGUUUGUGUUCGUAUUGAGGCAAUUCAGGGGAUUUCACGUAUGCAGGACCCUACUGAUACUGAAUGCCGUGUAGUAGAGGCACUUAUAUGGCUUACACGUCAUGAUCCUUCAGCUGAGGUGAGACGUACUGCCUUGGCAGCAAUGAUGCUUACUACACGGACUUUGCCGAUUCUUGUUGAACGUUGUCGGGAUGUCGCUGAUAGUGUACGCCGUACUGCUUACAAACUUUUGUCUUCUCGUUCUAUUUUGCGACCUUUAUCGAUUGCGAAUCGUAUUCGUAUUCUACAGCUCGGAUUGUCAGAUAUAUCAGAGGAUGUUCGUGAAGCAGCUAAGGAAUUGGUUUUGUCUUGGUUUAAUGCAACGAAUAGAGAUCCAGUCCAACUCUUAAGACGAUUGGAUCCCGAAGGUGAUCCGGCAGCAAGUCAAAAGGCCUUAGAUAGUCUUUUCGGAAUCCUAACAUUGAAUGAACUAGUCAAAAUUGUAGAGGACUGGUCAGCGAAUUAUUUGAAUCCUGAUAUGCGAACUCUCAAAGCUGAUUGUCUUACAUCUGAGGCGACAUUUUUCUGGCGGGCCUUAGUCGAAUUUAUUGACAAGAAAGAGAAAAAUGCCUGUAGAGCGAAAAGCAAUCUACUAGUGCUCAAUGAAGAUCACGACGAUGACGAAGAAUCCAAUGUAUUACAGUUAUUGGCUGAUCUAGUUCAGCCAUCUGUGACUGCUUAUGUUGAUCUGGCUAAAAGUGUUGUAGAGAAACUUGUUCAAACCGUUCUAGCUCAAGAAUUUGAUGAAAAGGCUAUUGAACUAGAGUGUGUAGUUGAACAAAUUCUAUCAAUGGCGAGUUCCCUUGAUCUCAGCGACGAAUUCGGUCGAAGACGUCUUGUAUCGUUAGUUCGUGAAUGGAUAACUAGUCAGCAAGUUUCGGGUACAUUGGCACCUCAAUUGUUAAAGUUGUAUGGAAUUUUAGAACCAAGUUCGCGACGUUGUGUAGACAAUGUUAUUGAAAUGAUUAAUGAGUUGUGUUAUUCAGUGGAACCACAGAGUGCAGCGAAAAAGGAGAUAGAUUUACGUUUAAAGAUCGCUAGUCUUGAAGUUCAAUUUGAGCGUGCCACAGAACUACGAGAUGCUUUUAAUGAAUUAGAUAGUGAGCGUACAAAACUGUUACGAGGAUUACAUGGACGUGUUGCUACCUUUACAACAGAAAAACCGUCAUCCUCAACAGAUACUGACGAACAGGUGAAUAGUGAAAGUAAAGUAUUCUUCAAUAAUGAUGACAAUGGAAGCGGUUCCGGUUUUCCAAAUAGUAAUCAUGUUGGCAAUGAUGAGAAUGAAGGAGCUGAAAACACAGCUGAGAGUCUUCUUCAACGUUGUUCAUCUGCUGUAUUAUUCAAAGCAAAUAGAAUGGCUUCUUCAUUGCGUUCAUUAUUGGAUAGUCUGAUAUUACCGAGUAUACAACAUUCAGAUGUUGCUGUACGUAAUCAGGCUAUGUUGGCGUUGGGUCUGUGUUGUUCAAUGGAUUUACCACUGGCUCUACAGCAUAUUCAUGUGUUUUACUCAGCUAUGCGCGUGGAUCAUUUGAUGAUAAGUGAAACAGCUUUAGGCUGUAUUGUAGACUCCUUGUUAGUCUUUGGAUUUUUGCCAUUCCACGAUGUGAAUAUCAAUCCAAAUGCGCGACUGCUACCAGCAGAUACUUCUGGAGCUGCUGAUGGUGAUGGUGACGUAGAGGAGAUCUCAACGUCUUAUCAUGAUUAUGUUGUGUUGACCCGAGGAUUGCAUCGAGGUUCUAUACUGUCUGCAAAUCGGUCAAAUCAUUCUGAGAGUGUAUUGGUUCGAUGUGAUGAAAUGUCAGAAACAGCGUAUCGUCUGUUGAAGCCAAUCACUUCCAUUUUAGAGAAGGAAGAUGAUGGAUUACAGUCAACUGCUGCUCUUGGCUUGGCUAAACUCUUAAUCCAUAAUCGUAUUGUCUCAAGUCAUAUCCUCAGUUUACUCUUAUUGCUAUGGUUUAGUCCGUCUAGUGUGGAUAAUCCACAGUUACGUCGUGGUUUGGCCUCUUUCUUCUCUGACUAUGUUUGUCCUAAUGGAAUGGGGAUGGGUGCUUUUGAGCAUCAGUCAGCACUGGCUGACGCUGUCCUGCCUACAUUGUCCACAUUGAUUCGUGCACCAGCAUGUUCACCAUUAUCUGAAGUUGACGCGUAUGGUGUGGCUAGUCUACUAGCUCGUCUAACAGAUACAACACAUUUGAUGGGAAAUCAGUCAGAGGCGAAGAAUGUCUCCGCUGGUGCUGCUGCAGAAAGGCCUACUCAUAAUAAUGGUGAAGAUGGAUGUCCAAGUACAAAUGAACCGAAGCCAGUGUCAAGUGUUGCACCAGAGAGUGAGAAAAUUAACAACCCACAUCAUGAUCGAUUGGUAACGAUUUUGGCCAAUGAAGUGUUGAAAGCUCCACAAUCAGCUGAGGCUAAGUUAUAUCUUCGUAUGCUUUUCCAACUACGACCGUCUACAGAUAAUAUUCAGAUCCAUAAAGAAUUAUUGAAACUUAUCGAGUCUAUGGCAAAGUUUGCUGAUACAACACUGAAAUUAUUGCUUCAUCGUUUUCAUAAACAACUUGUUGACAAAAUGCAACGUCUUGGUGUUGAUCUGUCGAAGUUGAAUGAAACAGUUAAACCUCAAAACAGUGAUGGUGAUGCUGGUAAGGACGAAUUGACUGCUUCAUCAUCUCAUUAUAAUGAAUAUAAUGCUAGUGAUCAAACCUUGGUGGUUGAUGAAAAUGGUGACCAACACCAACCAACUCAUCGGGUUACAUUGCUUGGAUCUGCACGUGUCAAUUUUCACCUGCUUAGUUCAGCUGAACCGGGAAUUGAAAAAAACCAUGGAAAUGCAACAAUGAAAUUUUCACAGUUGAAUAAAACUCUUGCUGGUGGUACUUCAAUGCUUGAUAAGUCAUUGCAGCAAAACAUAUUGGCUUUUUCUGAUGAUGAUUGUGAUUCACAUGUUACACCUACACCAUUCCGUAGUACAGUUCCUCCAGUUAAAAACAAACGGAAGAAGGCCAAUUCAACUGCUUAUCAGAGGAAGAAGCAGAAGUCAACUAAUGUGAACUCCCGAAACGUUCCACCUACCAGGGCUAAUCAUCAAAACCUUAUUUCAGAAACUUAUGAUGAUGAUGAUCAUCAUCAUCACGACGAAAGACCAAGCAGUUCUGUUGUCAGUCAUUCAGUACCUCGUAACCAUAGUCGAACUCCCAAAAAUUCUAGACAAUCUGACACACCAUCUUCAGUGUCAUCAAGAUCAACUAAAACUUCUGGACGAUUGACUCGUUCUUCUUUCCGGAUAUCAAGUCGAAGAUAG